AUGCAUCUCCCUAUUUUGACUGCAGUCCUUCUUGGACUCGUCCUGACUCCAGCCCUUGCUGAUUACUCUCAGCAGACGGAUAACAACUGCCAGGUCUCUUUUGGUGCUGUUUUCCAAAAUCUGACUUUCAGUAGCCGAACACGUGUGGUGGUUAUUGAACAAAGGAGCGACCACUUCUCAUGGAAAACCAUCUGGAACUACAACACGGGUAUCAUUGCAACCAAAUUGGUGCAACAGAACACCUGCUACAUUUCUGGCAUGAACAGAAAUGAGAUGCCCAGCUUUGAAAAUCUGGUCCAACUGGCUUCACAGAACAGGAACCAGAUCGGUCUUGGAAGACCUACCAAGAAAAUCACCUUUGUCACCAAUGGAUUGGUCAACAACCUCAACUCCUACGGAACUGAAAUCACGGCUAUGUGCACUGGAGUCACCACCUACAUGGCUUAUGAAGUUCACACUUUGCAAGGACCUGAGGUGAAUCUGGGAUCAUGCAUUACCCUAGAUGCCCUGAGAAUUGUGGAGUUGAAGUACUGCAAUGGAAAUGGCAAUUGGAACGGCAAUAUGCCGUCUCAGCAGAUUCCCGGCGACAUCUUCAACAACACGCAAGGCAGCAUCUUCAACAACACGCAAGUCAUCAUUGGGGGCCAGUCCCAAGUUGUGACCAUCAACAGGCAAUGGCGUGUGGCAGUCAUUGAGCAACGAAGCUUCAGUGGGUCCUGGAAAACCAUCUGGAACUACAACACGGGCGUCAUUGCAACCAAAGUCACGCAACAGAACACCUGCUACAUUUCCAUCAUGAACAAAAAUGAGAUGCCCAGCUUCAAUAAUCUGGCCCGCCUGGCACAAGACAGCAGGAACCAGAUCGGCCUUGGAAGACCUACCAAGAAGAUCACCUUUGUCACCAAUGGACUGGUCAGCAACCUCCAGUCUUAUGGAUCAGAUGUCUUCUCUAUGUGCAGUGGAGUCACCACCUAUAUGGCUUAUGAAGUUCAUGGACUCCAAGUCAAUCUGGGAUCAUGCAUUACCCUCGAUGUCCUGAGAGUCGUGGAUCUGAAGUACUGCACUGGCAAUGGCAAUGGACAAUCUCAGCAGAUUCCCGGCGACAUCUUCAACAACACGCAAGGCAGCAUCUUCAACAACACGCAAGUCAUCAUUGGGGGCCAGUCCCAAGUUGUGACCAUCAACAGGCAAUGGCGUGUGGCAGUCAUUGAGCAACGAAGCUUCAGUGGGUCCUGGAAAACCAUCUGGAACUACAACACGGGCGUCAUUGCAACCAAAGUCACGCAACAGAACACCUGCUACAUUUCCAUCAUGAACAAAAAUGAGAUGCCCAGCUUCAAUAAUCUGGCCCGCCUGGCACAAGACAGCAGGAACCAGAUCGGCCUUGGAAGACCUACCAAGAAGAUCACCUUUGUCACCAAUGGACUGGUCAGCAACCUCCAGUCUUAUGGAUCAGAUGUCUUCUCUAUGUGCAGUGGAGUCACCACCUACAUGGCUUAUGAAGUUCAUGGACUCCAAGUCAAUCUGGGAUCAUGCAUUACCCUCGAUGUCCUGAGAGUCGUGGAUCUGAAGUACUGCACUGGCAAUGGCAAUGGACAAUCUCAGCAGAUUCCCGGCGACAUCUUCAACAACACGCAAGGCAGCAUCUUCAACAACACGCAAGUCAUCAUUGGGGGCCAGUCCCAAGUUGUGACCAUCAACAGGCAAUGGCGUGUGGCAGUCAUUGAGCAACGAAGCUUCAGUGGGUCCUGGAAAACCAUCUGGAACUACAACACGGGCGUCAUUGUAACCAAAGUCACGCAACAGAACACCUGCUACAUUUCCAUCAUGAACAAAAAUGAGAUGCCCAGCUUCAAUAAUCUGGCCCGCCUGGCACAAGACAGCAGGAACCAGAUCGGCCUUGGAAGACCUACCAAGAAGAUCACCUUUGUCACCAAUGGACUGGUCAGCAACCUCCAGUCUUAUGGAUCAGAUGUCUUCUCUAUGUGCAGUGGAGUCACCACCUAUAUGGCUUAUGAAGUUCAUGGACUCCAAGUCAAUCUGGGAUCAUGCAUUACCCUCGAUGUCCUGAGAGUCGUGGAUCUGAAGUACUGCACUGGCAAUGGCAAUGGACAAUCUCAGCAGAUUCCCGGCGACAUCUUCAACAACACGCAAGGCAGCAUCUUCAACAACACGCAAGUCAUCAUUGGGGGCCAGUCCCAAGUUGUGACCAUCAACAGGCAAUGGCGUGUGGCAGUCAUUGAGCAACGAAGCUUCAGUGGGUCCUGGAAAACCAUCUGGAACUACAACACGGGCGUCAUUGUAACCAAAGUCACGCAACAGAACACCUGCUACAUUUCCAUCAUGAACAAAAAUGAGAUGCCCAGCUUCAAUAAUCUGGCCCGCCUGGCACAAGACAGCAGGAACCAGAUCGGCCUUGGAAGACCUACCAAGAAGAUCACCUUUGUCACCAAUGGACUGGUCAGCAACCUCCAGUCUUAUGGAUCAGAUGUCUUCUCUAUGUGCAGUGGAGUCACCACCUACAUGGCUUAUGAAGUUCAUGGACUCCAAGUCAAUCUGGGAUCAUGCAUUACCCUCGAUGUCCUGAGAGUCGUGGAUCUGAAGUACUGCACUGGCAAUGGCAAUGGACAAUCUCAGCAGAUUCCCGGCGACAUCUUCAACAACACGCAAGGCAGCAUCUUCAACAACACGCAAGUCAUCAUUGGGGGCCAGUCCCAAGUUGUGACCAUCAACAGGCAAUGGCGUGUGGCAGUCAUUGAGCAACGAAGCUUCAGUGGGUCCUGGAAAACCAUCUGGAACUACAACACGGGCGUCAUUGCAACCAAAGUCACGCAACAGAACACCUGCUACAUUUCCAUCAUGAACAAAAAUGAGAUGCCCAGCUUCAAUAAUCUGGCCCGCCUGGCACAAGACAGCAGGAACCAGAUCGGCCUUGGAAGACCUACCAAGAAGAUCACCUUUGUCACCAAUGGACUGGUCAGCAACCUCCAGUCUUAUGGAUCAGAUGUCUUCUCUAUGUGCAGUGGAGUCACCACCUACAUGGCUUAUGAAGUUCAUGGACUCCAAGUCAAUCUGGGAUCAUGCAUUACCCUCGAUGUCCUGAGAGUCGUGGAUCUGAAGUACUGCACUGGCAAUGGCAAUGGACAAUCUCAGCAGAUUCCCGGCGACAUCUUCAACAACACGCAAGGCAGCAUCUUCAACAACACGCAAGUCAUCAUUGGGGGCCAGUCCCAAGUUGUGACCAUCAACAGGCAAUGGCGUGUGGCAGUCAUUGAGCAACGAAGCUUCAGUGGGUCCUGGAAAACCAUCUGGAACUACAACACGGGCGUCAUUGUAACCAAAGUCACGCAACAGAACACCUGCUACAUUUCCAUCAUGAACAAAAAUGAGAUGCCCAGCUUCAAUAAUCUGGCCAGCCUGGCACAAGACAGCAGGAACCAGAUCGGCCUUGGAAGACCUACCAAGAAGAUCACCUUUGUCACCAAUGGACUGGUCAGCAACCUCCAGUCUUAUGGAUCAGAUGUCUUCUCUAUGUGCAGUGGAGUCACCACCUACAUGGCUUAUGAAGUUCAUGGACUCCAAGUCAAUCUGGGAUCAUGCAUUACCCUCGAUGUCCUGAGAGUCGUGGAUCUGAAGUACUGCACUGGCAAUGGCAAUGGACAAUCUCAGCAGAUUCCCGGCGACAUCUUCAACAACACGCAAGGCAGCAUCUUCAACAACACGCAAGUCAUCAUUGGGGGCCAGUCCCAAGUUGUGACCAUCAACAGGCAAUGGCGUGUGGCAGUCAUUGAGCAACGAAGCUUCAGUGGGUCCUGGAAAACCAUCUGGAACUACAACACGACAUGA